AUGGCUGAACGCAAUCUCACCCAGAUCAUCUCGCAGCUCAAGCACUCCCCAUCCAUGAGCUACACCGAAGCCAACGCCCUCCUCUCCAAGGCCAAGCUCGCUCUCCUGCAGCUCAACUCUCUUACACCUUCAUCUUCGACCCCGACGCAUCUCCUGCCUCUCGCCCGCGAGACCUACGAGCAGGGUGCUCUAUUCGCCAUCCGCGCCCGCAACCCCGAAGCCUUCACUCGCUACGUCCAGCAGCUCCAACCUUUCUAUGAGCUGCCCGCUUCCGCUCUUGCGCCUAACUUUGCCGAGCGUAACAAGGUCACCGGCCUGAGCUUGCUUCUGUUGUUGACGCAGGGCCGAUACGCCGAGUUUCACACCGAGCUCGAGAGUCUGGAGAACCGUGAGGGUGGUGGCGGUGAUGUCGAGAGCGAUCGAUACUUGGGUUAUCCUAUUCGUCUGGAGAGAUGGUUAAUGGAAGGAUCUUACGACCGGGUGUGGAAGGCCAUGAAGAGCAGCGAGGUGCCUUGCGACGAAUACAGUGUAUUCUCAGAGAUCCUGAAGAACCAGAUCCGUUCCGAGAUUGCUUCCAGUAGUGAGCGCGCAUACCCCAGCCUUCCUAUUAGCUCCACCAAGUCCCUUCUCUUCCUUGACUCAGAGGGCGACGUUAUCUCUUUUGCCCACCACCGUGGUUGGAUUGUCCGCGAUGGCAACAUCUACUUCCCCGAUGCUGCUGAAGGUGAUGACGGCAACCAGAACAAGGAAAUGAGCCAGAUGGUGAUAGAGAACGCUCUGGGCUAUGCCCGUGAGCUUGAAACUAUUGUAUAA